UAACAAAAACAAAAAACUAGCAGAGGGAAGUAGAAGGGCAGACAUAUUUUAUAUCAUAGACUUCAAAAUGGCUUUUUGUCAAUCAAUUCAGAAAGGACAGGUUCCAUUUAGCUGUGGUUUAUGUGAAACUGAGACAAAAAUCAGCUCAAAAUGCAUAGACUGUGGUUUACUUAUGUGCAUCAAUUGUCGCGAUAAAGUUCAUCCAAAGUUUAAAAAUGCAAAGGACCACAGAGUUGUGGAUAUCAAGGACAUUGGACUGUAUGCUGAAGAAAUGGAUUUCACUAGUAUUAAAUGCCAAGAUCACACUGGACAAAACUGUUGUUUGUUUUGUGAGUCGUGUAAUUAUUUAGUUUGUCCUCUUUGCAUCUCAAAGACACACAAUGGGCAUUGCUUAAUACAAAUAAGUGAAAGCUAUGAAACUAAACUAAAUUGGGUGAAACAAGCACAAGUCAAAGUUCAAUCAAACUUGCAAAUAUUGAACAAAUAUCAUGCAAAAAUAGAAGAGAUACAAAAGUCUGUAAAGGAAAAGUACAAAGAAACUAAGGAGAAAAUUCAAGCUGAAAUAAAUGCUCUGAACAUAGCAGAUGAUGAAUUCACUGAGAGAAUAGAAACAGAAGUGGACCAAAAAAUUAGUCUUCACCAGAAAUCCAUUGAAAAAGAACAAAUAACAACAAAUCAGUUGAAAAAGAAAGUUAAUGAUCAAAUGUUUAAAUUACAAGAUAUUAUCAAUGCUAAAGAUACUGCUGAAGUCUUCAACUGCAGCAAUGACCUUGAACUGUCUAUCUCUAAAGAAAUGGAACUACUAGGGCUGAACAUUAACCAUAUUCCAACAUUUUGUCCAGAAGAAAUAACUCAAGAUUUAUUUGGCUCUCUACAAAACAACAAACCAAUAAAAAUGACUGUUUCUGAACAAUUUGUUACUGGAGUAUCAAGGAUUGACACUGUAUCAGUAUGCUCUGAUGAAUCCAUAUGGAUCAGUUGCAGUAGUAAACCUGGCAAGUUAUAUAAAGUGAAACCUGAACAAGGAAAUCUAAAAGAUGUACACAGGAUAGAAAGACAAGUAUUCGACGUGGCAAUAACUCAAUCUGCAGACUUUCUUGUAUCUACUGGUUAUUCCAAACUGGAACUAAUAAAUGACAAAACUGGUAAAAUCACUAGUACAGUAUACAGUGUUGCUCCAUUGGCAUUACUAACUGUAGGUGUUCAUGUUACUAAAAGUAACAAAGUCAUAGUAGGUGCUGUUUCAGACUGGUCACCUACACCAGUAAGAAGCUGCAUCAUAACCAUGGAUACCACAGGAGAACAUGAAGCUAUAUAUGAACAUGACAAAAACAAUACACCCAUCAUUAAUUUUCCUUGGAGGAUAACAAGUACAAGUAAUGGCAGGAUAUUCAUUUUAGACAAACUUUCCAAUGACUUUAAUGGACAAGUUGUGGUGUUCAAUGAAGGAGAAGUCAUUCAAGUCUAUAAAGGACAUUCAGAAAUCAACAGCCCUGGUAAACCAUUUAAACCCACCAAUUUGGCCGUUACACCAUUAGACAAUAUCAUUGUAACAAACUUGAAUAUGGAUAUAUUCCACAUUCUGAAUAGUUCAGGACAAUAUAUAACCCACUAUGAUACAACAGACAUAGGUAUUGUCAAUCCGUAUUCCCUAAGUUUUGGUGCAACAGGACUUCUCUAUAUAGGAUCAACAACAACAAAAGGAUCAAAUGAUAAAGCUAAACUAUACAUAGUGAACAUAUCAGAAAACUAGAGAACACUGGAUGAAAUCAUGAAGCUAAAAAGUACACAGUGAACAUAUCAGAAAACUUCAGAAGACUGAAUGAAAUCAUGAAGCUUAAAUGUACAUAGUAAACAUAUUAGAAAACUUCAGAACACUGGAUGAAAUCAUGAAGCUUAAAUGUACAUAGUAAACAUAUCAGAAAACUUCAGAAGACUGAAUCAAAUCAUGAAGCUUAA